AAAAUUAAGAAAACCUGUUUUGAGAGAAGAUAGAGCAGGGCUGUGGUGGAAGGAGGGAGGGGGACUUUUAACAACCGGAGCAGGGCGAAUCCAAAUGCGGCUAUAAUUACCAAAGAGCCCUUGCGAUUGAAUCAGUUGAAGUAGCUCAUUUGACUUGUGAGCACAGUGAGUGAAAAUGAUUCGGCGGCUACUCAAGACGCUACUUUAUGGCCUGCUACUCUUCACCCCCGAGGUAACACCAGCCCGGAUUAAUGCCAGAAAGUCGGCAAACGAGGCGAGUCUCUAUAGCGAUACAGACAAUGUGAUUAUGUUGGAUAUCGGAUCACUGAGGCCGGCUCUCGACUUGAACAACAACAAGCUGGUCCAGUUCCUCAACAGCUUCUGUGGCGAUUGCCAUCGCUUCGCACCGAUCUUCAAGACCCUUUCCCGUGACCUGUACAAAUGGCGACGUAUUCUUCGGAUCUAUGGCGUAGAUUGUGCUCAGGAGAGAAACGCAGAGCUAUGCAGGGAUUUCAAUAUUCGACAGACUCCUUCACUGCGAUUCUUUGGUCCUGAUACACAAAAGAACCUGGAAUAUCUGGGAUCACCCAUUCAAAGUCAGGAUCCAAAGUUUAUCAAGGCAGCUCUGGCUGAUUUGGUAUCCCAGAAUGAUUAUGGAACCGGACAACCCAACUUUAAGCCUGUAAAACCAAGCGAUUCUGCCAAGACCCUCUUCCUGGACUAUCAAAGUUCGGAGAGUCCUGUACAGUACAUUGCCCUGGUCCUUCAGCCGAAUGAUUCUAAGAUUGGCAGGGAUACACUGCUUGAACUGCUGCCGUAUAAAGAAGUUGCCGUAAGGAUUGUUGGGGAUGCCCAGCUAUUUUCCAACUUUGGACUAGAACCAUCCAAUCAGAAAUUGGCCAUCAUUGAUCGGAGUGGAAAGGCCCAGUUAUUGUCACCUUCUUUGGAAACAUAUGAAGCCUAUGCCACCUCCGUUGGCGAUUUCCUCAAGAGCCUCAACUUCAAGCCAGAUCCACCGCUACCUAUCCCUGUAGCUUCGAACUUUACUGAGUUUCUGGAUCAACAACAUCAAGCGAUCCUUGACGAGGUCCUAAAACCGCCCUUCAAGGUCUAUCGAGCCGACUUAGAACAGGCAAUUGAUAAACUUCUACACAUUGAACUUCGUAAAUGGCCCGUGCUAGAGGGUACUAAUCUGAUUGCCCUAAAGACUAUCAUUACGGUCUUAAAUUAUCUUAAUCCGCUGAACAAAGAUGGAAAGUUACUGCUGUCUGAUCUGCAUAAUUCGUUAGAUCCUAAGCUGAGUAUCAAAGGAGCUGAAUUCGGAGAGCUAGUUGAUUCGCUAGAAAAGGGUCGGAAGGUCUUUAAAGGACGGCGCUAUGUUGGCUGCAUCGGAUCACGUCCCUUGCUCCGCGGCUUUACCUGCUCCAUGUGGACACUGUUUCACUAUUUGACAGUGCAGUCCGCUAAGCCACCGAACUACUUUUCACCGGGCUCAAUACUAAACACUAUUUAUGGAUUCGCCAAAUACUUCUUUGGCUGCACAGAUUGCUCGGAGCACUUUCAACAGAUGGCCGUACGGCGUAAUAUGAGUGCAGUGAAUACCUAUGACGAGGAGAUCCUUUGGCUCUGGGCAGCUCACAACGAAGUCAAUCAACGUAUUGCUGGUGAUACGACGGAGGAUCCCAAGUUCCCCAAGAUUCAGUUUCCCAACGCAGAGAAUUGCCCAACCUGCCGAGACGCUAACUCUCAGUGGCGGACUGAUGAAGUUCUUAAGUAUUUGAAAAACCUUUACGAUAUUAAAAACGUAAGCUUUUACGGGCUUCCUACCCCGCGGGGAUACGAUUGAACUUUAGUAUCCUAAAGAAAAAUUAACUAAUAAUUUAUGUAAUCUCAACAAUUGGUAUUUGGCCUUGUAAACUAUUCAAAAAGUUAUGCACUUAAAAAAAAUAAAAAUUAUAUACUUACUUGACUUAUCUUAUAUCUCAAUUCGCUUUCAAAUCUAAAAAACUUUAACUUUUCACCAACUUUUGCAAAAAAAUGUUUUAGUUUU